AUGGAGUCCAUGAGGUUGACCAUGGGGUCUGAGUUUGUAGUGAAGCUUUUUCAGAUGUUGGAGGAGCCUGAGAAUUAUCCAUACAUAUCAUGGAGUCCCGACGGAAGAAGCUUUGUCAUAUCUGAUAUUCAGGGAUUCUCUGAGUUUGUUCUCGAAAGGCAUUUUAGACACAAGAACUGGAGCUCCUUUGUUAGACAGCUCAACAAAUAUGAUUUUUACAAGGUACGGAGGGAUGGGGAGAGGGCACAAUGGGAAUACCGAAACAAAUAUUUCCAAAGAGGAAGGCCGGAGCUUCUGGACAAGAUCCGUAGGAAGAAAGCACCGAGCGAGUGCGGGGUGUCUGGAGGCUCGAAUCCAAAGCAGAUUGAAAGCGGCAUAGUCUACCAGUCGCAUGUGCUGAAUGCCAUCCGGAGUAUUUCGAAGUAUCUUCAGACUGUUGUCGAGGACAUCAACGAGAUAAAGAAAUACAUUUAUCACGAGAGGAUGAGGAUUGCUUCCAAGACAAAUGUGCUGUUUGUCAAGAAGGAUGUUCCUGGGUCUGAGUGGAUAUACAGUGCUCUAAAGAUUCCCAAUUACUCUUUGACAAUAGUAGAAGAAAGUACAGACAUGAAGAAUGUGAUGAAAUGGAAGUAUGAUGUAGUUGUAUUAUAUGCGGAUGCGCCUGAGUGCAGCAAGGUUGUGAGCCGAAUAAGAAGCGAGGACGAGGAUGUUCCUAUUGUUUUGGUUGUAGACGAAGGAUUCAAAAGCGAAUAUAUGAGUAUUUUGGGGAUAAGGGUGACAGAGACUCUCUUGAUGCCCCUUGAGCCGGGAGACUUGGUGGAUGUUGUUAACAAGCAUAGGAGUCGAAGAGGCCUGGAGGGGGGUUAA